AAAGAGAGUGACGAUAAACUUAAAGAAAUUGCAGUGAAAAUACUGGACACGUUAAGAAAUGUUUGGUGCAAUCCAGUUUUUGGUGAUGAGUUUAUUAAAUCAAUGAACGAGGGCUCAUAUGUGAAUAAUGUGAUCGUACCUGCAAUACACGCUUCAUUAUCUGACAGUCCUUUUGGCAAGCGAGCAUUUAUUACCAUAAAGUCGAUAGGAAGACGACCAGACGUUAUGUUUAUCACAAAAGAGCAUAGCAUAACUUAUGAACUUAUGUAUGCGGAAUGUUCGAAAAUUGAUUGUACUGCUAAAAAGAAAAGGAUGAUAGAGUUAAACUUUGGCGCGAAGCAAAUGAUGGAAUGUAUUGGACUUAAAAGUC